AUGGCGCAGGAAAUCAAGGUCAUGCUGUAUGGGCUUGGCGCGAUCGGAUCGUUCUAUGCAUUCAUCCUGAACCGCACGAAGCGUGUCCGUCUAACUGUGGUGGCACGUUCCAACUAUGAUGUUGUGAAGAAAGAUGGUCUGCAUAUCAUAAGCAUGAACCAUGGCGAUCAUAUCGUACAUCCUGCCAAAGUGGUCAGGACGCCAGCGGAAGCAGGGGAAACUUACGAUUACAUUGUAUGCACGAACAAGGCCAUCGACCAAGCUUCGACCGCUAAGCAACUGGCUCCUGCUGUUGAUGAAAGCAAAACCUGCAUUGUGCCGAUUCAGAACGGUGUCGGGAACGAAGACCCAUUCCGAGAAGCAUUCCCGAAGUGCGCCAUUCUGAGCUGCGUGACGUGGGUGGGUGCCAAUCAAAACACUCCUGGGAUCGUGAACCACUGGAAGUCAGAGAACACGCAGAUAGGAAUCUUUCGAAAUGAGGCGCUUGAUGCGGCCUUCGAGCGAGCCCGACUGAAUGAGUUUACGUCACUAUUGCGUGAAGGCCAGACACCGUUCUCGGUCGAGGACAACGUCCAGAUCCAACGCUGGGAGAAGGUAGUCUGGAACGUGGCGUGGAAUUCCCUGACGACUCUCACGAUGCUGGACACCCACUCUUGGCUGAAGUCGUCGCCCGACGCCAUGCCGAUGACGCGAAAUCUCAUGCGCGAGGUCAUCGACGUGGCGAGAAAGUGCAACGUGCCCCUCAAGUACGAGCUGAUCGACGAACUUAUCGACAAGAUCCUGGAGAUGCAGCCAAUCGGCAGCAGCAUGCAAACGGACUGCAAAAUGGGAAGACCCAUGGAAGUUGAUGUUAUCUUGGGCACUGCGGUGCGGAAAGGAAGAGAAUUAGGAGUCCCCAUCCCGAUUCUGGAGGUUCUACAUACCCUAUUGUUGGCGGUGAACUCUCGAAUGAAGUCCAGUUCAUCGUAG